GAAACUUGUUCUUUGAUGCGAUAUCACUAAUCAUAUUAUUAAGAACGAGAUCGCCCAGAAAUCGAGGAAAUCAUGGAGUGUUGUUCAACUCUAAUGUUGAGUGUUUUGGCAGGUCUUGUGGGAGUUUACUAUCUGGUAUAUAGAAAUAUGACUUACUUCAAGAGGAAGGGAAUCCCGUAUGUAAAGGGGGUACCAUUCCUCGGAAACAUGGGUCCAGUAGUUUUCAAGCAAAUGUCUUUCGCCGAGAACGUGCAACGAUUAUACAAUGUUAAACGAGACGUGAAGUACGUCGGGAUUUUUGACUUCGUGAACCCAGUGGUGAUGCUGCGUGAUCCUGAACUGAUAAAAUCAAUGACUAUAAAGAAUUUCGAUAACUUUCAAGACCACAGAAAUUUCAUUGACGAAGUCCUCGACCCACUUCUUGCGAAAAAUUUAUUCUUUCUCCAGGGGGAACGCUGGCGAGACAUGCGGUCUCUUCUCAGUCCGGCAUUUACGUCUAGCAAGAUGAAGUUGAUGUUCAAAUUGGUGUCCCAAUGCGGUGGUGACCUCGCGGAUUAUCUAAUCGCAAAAGCUUCGCUGGAGCCAAUUGAGAUAGAGAUGAAAGAUGUCUUCACAAGAUACACAAACGACGUCAUCGCGACCUCGGCCUUUGGCAUUACCGUCGAUUCACUAAAGGACAGAAACAACGAGUUUUAUGCAAUGGGUGAAAAGGCUACAAAUUUCAGCGGAAUGAAGACUAUCAAACUAUUCAUCACUUUUCAUGGUACCCCGUAA